CACCACCAAGUCAGUCCCCGUUGAUCCAUUGAUCCAGAUCGUACAGCAUGGCCUACCCCCCCUCCCUCACCGAGGCCCAGAAACAGUACCUCCACUCCUCCCUGACCGACUACGCCCUCGCUCACGGCCUCGUUGUUCGUCCCGCCGAUUCCCUCGCGCCCACAAACCCCUCCAACACCCUCGCGACCGCGGCACCCGUGACCCUCUUCCCGUCCCUAUUCCCGCGGGAAGCGUGGAUGGAAGCCAGAGAUGUCCAGGAAAUGUACAACGAGUUGUACGUCCGUGUGAGUAGGGACGAGAAAUGGUUGGGCGAGGUGAUGGAGUCCCUAAAAGGCGUCGACGAGUUCAUGGAGCGUCUAUGGGCCAUGCACCUCAAACUCCGUGCCUCAGGCUUCGCACAAUCCCUCUCCCUCGGACUCUUCCGCUCGGAUUACCUCUUGCAUCAGGCAGAGGGCGAUGAGGAAGUGAGUAUCAAGCAGGUCGAGUUCAACACCGUCUCAUCCUCCUUCGGUGCACUCUCGACCCGCGUCUCCGAUCUCCAUCGUCAUCUCUUCAGUAUUGGCGCGUUCCCUUCAUCCCCCGCCCUCAACAUGGACGCAUUGCCGGCGAAUCCGGCACUCGACGAACUCGCAGCAGGCCUCGCUGCAGCGCAUGAAGCCUACCUCGCCCAACAACGCAAACAAAAGAAAAAUAACGUCGUGAUCCUCUUCGUCGUACAACCCGGCGAACGCAACGCCUUCGACCAGCGCUGGCUCGAAUACACCCUCCUCAAAACCCACUCUACCCCAGUCCUCCGCCACACCCUUGCCGAACUCCACUCCCUCGCUCACAUCUCUCCCUCCACCUCCGUUCUCACCAUCCCACACCCAUCAGGUACGACCGUGGAAGUAAGCACAGUAUAUUUCCGCGCGGGCUACGCCCCAACAGAUUUUCCCACCCAAACCGAAUGGGACGCACGAGAGAUGUUGGAGAGGAGUAUGGCGAUCAAGUGUCCAACCCUCAUCACCCACCUCGCCGGCGCCAAAAAAGUCCAACAACGACUUGCGGAGCCCAAUCAACUCGAAUACUUCUUCCCAUCCUCCUACUCUAACCUAAUUUCCAGACUACGACGGACCUUCACCGCGCUGUACCCCAUGGACGCCCACUCCCAACCCGGCAAACUCGGUCGCCACCUAGCCCUCCAAAACCCCGAAAAAUACGUCCUAAAACCCCAACGAGAAGGCGGGGGGAACAACAUCUACCGCACCAAAAUCCCCACAUUCCUCAACUCCCUCCCCUCGGACGCACAUUUCGAUGCCUACAUCCUCAUGGAGCUCAUUGAGCCUCCCGCAGCACGAAACACCAUUGUGCGCGGGGGAGAAUUGCUGGAGGGAGGGGUUGUAGGUGAGUUGGGUGUUUAUGGUGUUGCGUUGUGGGAUGCGGCGGAGAAUGAGGGAGGGUUGAGGGUUAAUCGGGAGGCGGGGUGGUUGUUGAGGACGAAGGGGGUGGAAAGUGAGGAGGGGGGGGUUGCGGCUGGGUAUGGGUGUGUUGAUAGUGUUUGUUUGGUGUAG